CAAGCGUUUAUUUUUGGGCUCUUAUUUUACUCUAGGAUUGUCGACACGGGCGGUGGCAGCACUUGAUUACUAUUUUUCGACCAGCUUGACUCUUUACAUUCUUUUCUCUCUUUCGUACAUCAAGUUCUCAUCUUCCCUUUUAUUCAAGGAAUUUAUUCUACCUCAGCUUCUUCUCCAUUUUGCUCCUUAUUCAUCGUUAUCGGCAUCCUUAUCGUUAUCCUUAUCAAAUUUCUUAUCGAUAACCCUUGACGUCCUACCUUAGGUAUCUUUUUCGGGAUCUUGCCACUGGGCUUUGCUUUUCCCCUUCUACUACCUUAGUAGUCAUACGCCAUUUUCCCUACGUCACGGCAUCUAUCACCCUAAUAAUCAGACCGUCUUCUCACCGCUCGGGACCGAAGAGAGGAAAAGGAGAGAAGAAGGUCUUAGAAUCUGAUUUGGUUCCUUCAAUUGGCUGUCCCGCUGGCGGGCUGGCCAUAUUACGAAAUGGCGCAAACCUCAUCACGACCCAUGAUAUCCAUUUCUGCGCCCUGCGCGAGCUUAAGUCAGCCACUCGACGCCUCCCCCUCGCGGACGCCAGAUACGAAACCUAAAGCCAAGCUGUACCCCCCUGCGCGCCUACAUCUGCGUGGCCUACUUCCCCCCGAAACGAUGAGUUCCGCGGAACCUGGCUCCCCAUCGACCAGCCCAUCGACUAGCCCAUCGACUAACCCAUCGGCCAACACUUCAUCUUCCUCCUCUCCACAACCAAAAGAACCAGCAGAACCAGCGACACAGAAACAAACCCUCACAAUUCAGACUCUCCCUACUACACGACCGGCACAGAAACAAACCGUCACAAUGCAGAGCCUCCCCGAAUCGCCCGUCCUGGGCACCCCCAACCCCUGCGCCAUGCAGGAGACGACACACCCCCUCCCUCAGCCUACGCCUACGCCUCCGCCGCCCACUCGACCCUGGCUGUGGAAAUGCCACGGCUGCCACACGAAACAGCGCCUCGCCUGCACGCAACGAUGCCUCGAAUGCUCGCGCCGCCGCCUGUGCGACAGAAACAACCCGAAGCCCAGACCGACGGAAUUCGACUUCGCGGGGUGGAGGGACUUUAGAGCGUGGCGGACCAAGACCAAGCAGAAGCAGGCCUCCUCCAAGGGCCUGCGCCCUUCCUCGUCCUCCUCGUCCUCCUCCCCCCGGUCUUACCGCCAGAAGACGGGUUUACUCGCCCAUGCGUACGCGCACGGUUAUUUCGACCACCACGAUGCCGAGGCGGGAGGAUGCGAGGCUGCGUGCGAUUAUCCCGGGGAGUGCGUCCGUCGGAGGAAACACGAGGAGGCGCGACGGAAGAGGGAGGCGGAGGAGCUGCAGCGGCAACAAGAAAGGGAACUACAGGAGCAGGAACGCCAGAUGCUGCAGUAUAUGAUGCAGCGACAGCAGCAGCAGGACGGCGAGCAGUGGUGGAACGAGGUCGGCUUCCAGGACGGCCCCGGGGCGGGAGGGCUGGAAGGCUACGUCCUUGCACGCAUCCCUUCCCUCGCGGGUAAAGACGAACAAGGGGUGGCCUCGCCGCCGAGUCCCGUGCUCCAGGGAGUGGACGGACUAGGAGGCAACAUUUGCAUGGGGGACGCGGACGUGGGCGUGGGCGUGGGGAACAUGGCGGAUGGAGGAGGAGGGGGAGGAGGAGCGCAUGACGACGCCCAAGUCCGUCAGGCCGCCCUUUCCGUGGCGUGGCCGUCGCCUUCUUCCAACCCCAGCCCGCCAUCGUCCUCGGCCUCGUCGUCGUGUUCCGGGAGUUGGUGCGAGGAGGACCGCGAUGAUUCGACAAACCAGUCGCAAAGCCAAGGCGAACCAGACGUUGGCCCAUGUUGCGACGCACAAGGCGGGGAAGCAGGACAAGGGCAAGAGCAAGGAGGAGCAGGAGCAGGAGCAGGAGCAGGAGGAGAGAACAACUACGUGAACGACUACUCCAAGUCGGGGCUGGACCUGGGGUUGACCACGGCAGACAUGGCGGCCACGGCCUGUACGGGUGCGAGUUUCGAGCCGAGUGAUGCCCUCUCUGUUUUCUGGGGCGCCGGAGAGCAGGUUGCUGUCCGGGAUGCACAAAUGGAAUUGGGUGACUGGUUGAACAAGAUCCCGAACCUCGGCCAGGGACCCGACAUGACGGGGGGAUAUGAUGACUUCUUUUGAGCAAUGACGGGAGGUAAUGUGGUAAUGAUAUGGAACUGGGACAGCUCUGACAGCCGGGGGGGGAACUUGGACAACAGGGACAGCGAGGGGCGGUGUCUUUAAUGGGGUGACUUUAUGACACUUGGUCAAGCGAACGGACGAAGAAGAUGAAAUUCUUGCUUCGUUAUUACUGCAUCUCAACUCUGGCUGACAGCACUGGCGUUUCGG